AUGACCAUAAAGUCCUUGCUCUGGUUUGGCCUGGCUUUGAUAUCUCAAGCUGUUACUACAAUCCCACAUACUCGUGGCAACGAUCUAUUUCCAUAUCAGCUACUCAAGAAGUCCUGCAUAAACCCAGAUUGCAGUGCCACGCGCAUCACCAUCUCCAAUCCACCUAUUAAUCUCUGGAACGCACAACUGAUCCAAGAAUUCAACUCCGAUGUCCCAGACUUUUACAUUGCCCACCUUGAUCUUCACCUCCUGAGUGCCGCGCACCCCCCUUCACCUGUGGUCAACGUAACGGACACGCUGGUCAUGUACUAUGAAAACUUGAACUUGCUCUCCUCUAUCCCGGUAAUUUUUGUCGGCGAGAUUACUGGUCGGGCUUGGGGUUCUGGUGAUGAGCAUCUUAUGCGUAUGGAUAUGCGAUUUGCCGGUCCGGAUGCAGUUUUCAGCGCACCUGAAGAUGCUCUUGGAGUCAUUCAUGUUGGUGCUUUGCAAUGGCUCGUGGAGUCAAUAGGACCAUCUCGAACUAUGGAAUACAUGCUGUCAUCGGCACAAGUAAAUGCCACGGAAGCAGCCAGCAUCGGCUGGGUUAAUUCGGCGAUUGCGAAAUUCGAGGUAGAUACUUUGAGGGCGACGAAGAAGUCAGUCUCACAGCAGAAGCCUACACAGGAGAUGUUUGUGAAGGAUCAAGCUACUUUUGCUGUACUGGCGUCUAAACCAAGUGUCCAGGCUGCUAUUGACAAGCUUUUGAAUUUGUCUGAGGAUCAGGGGAAGGUCUGGGAACUGAAUAAUAGCGAUAACAUUGUUCGGUAUAUCUAUUAA